AUGAAGACUGGAGCAAAUCUAGUUAUAACUGUACCAAAUAAAAAGGAGAUUGUUUACAGACUAAGAAGAGGAAACAUGAGCAAUGAUCUAUAUUCCAUCAAACCAAUCCAUGGACUGAUGCAGAUCAUUGAUUCCGAGACAGAAUAUGAGGAGAAGACGCUAUUCAAACAGGCCUAUUUGUUCAGAGCGAAGAAUCUGGUUCCAAUAGAGAAUUUCACAGCAGAAAACUAUGCUCGAAUUCACGAUCGUAGAAACAAAAACGGAAUAGAUUUGGACCAGGAAAGGAGAUCCCUAAGUGAUCAGGAGCGAGAAGUGGUGGAUUUGUACCAGAUUUACGUGUUUAGGAAGGUGGCCUAG